AUGGCGGGUAGACACAAACAGAAGAGGCUCGGCAAUUCAUGCAUUCUCCUCAUAGUCAUUGCAGGUAUAGAGAGGUUUGCAUUCAAAGGAGUAGCAUCAAACCUGGUAACUUAUCUCACUGAUGUUGUGAACUUAAGCAAUUCAUCAGCAGCAAAAAUGGUUAAUAGUUGGGUUGGAUUCACUUCCAUAAUGCCAUUAUUAGUGGCACCUAUUGCUGAUGCUUAUUGGGACAAAUAUUCCACCAUUAUGUCUUCAUCUUUUCUCUAUGUUAUGGGACUUGCAGCAUUGACAACAACAGCACUAGCAAGGUCAUGGCAUCACAAAAACAGAACAAUGUCUUCUUCAUUUCUUUCAUUAUCUCUCUAUUUAAUUUCAUUAGGCCAAGGUGGAUAUAAUCCAUCUCUACAAGCCUUUGGAGCUGAUCAACUUGGUGAAGAAGAAGAUUUACCUUGUGGCAAUGAUGACACAAGUUGCAACAAAAAAGCACUUUUCUUCCAAUGGUGGUAUUUUGGUGUCUGUGCUGGAAGCCUAAUGGGUGUUACAUUCAUGUCUUACAUUCAAGACACUUUUGGUUGGGUAUUAGGGUUUGCAAUACCUGCAAUUUCAAUGCUUCUUUCUAUCUUGAUUUUCUCUGGCGGAAGCUCGAUAUAUUCAUAUAAAAAACACGAUGACGAUGAUGAUAAUCUUCAAGAUAAGAAGCCUUUCAUGAACAUGUUUCAAACUAUAAAAGCAUCUGCAUUGAAAUGCUUCCAUUGUGAGAUUUCACUACCAAAUGACAAGUCUGAAGGUGUUGAGCUCGAGCUUCAAGAGAGACCUCUUUGUCGCGAAAACUCGGAAAGCAUUAAGGUUACGAAUAAGGAUUCAAAAAUCAGCAUGUGUCUACUACCAAAUGUCAAAGUUGUAAUUAAGCUAUUGCCAAUAUGGGCAAUGCUUCUCAUGUUUGCAGUGAUUUUCCAACAACCUGCAACAUUUUUCACAAAACAAGGCAUGACAAUGAAGAGAAACAUCGGUAAGAAUUUCAAGAUACCACCAGCAACACUCCAGAGUGCUAUAACAUUGUCGAUAAUACUGUUGAUGCCGUUAUACGACAGAGUAUUUAUACCGUUUGCUCAGCUGAUAACACGACAGGAAAAAGGUAUAAACAUGAUGCAGAGGAUGGGAAUCGGAAUGGUUCUCUCUAUCAUAGCAAUGGUUAUUGCAGCUUUAGUUGAAAUGAAACGGCUUGAUAUCGGCCGGGAAAUGAGAAGUGAAGGGUUACAAUCAGAAAUAGUGCCGAUAAGCAUUUUCUGGUUGUUACCACAGUACAUUCUUCUCGGUGUUUCAGAUAUUUUCACAGUUGUUGGUAUGCAGGAAUUCUUUUAUGGUGAAGUUCCAAAGAAUAUGAGAACAGUGGGAAUUGCAUUGUAUACUAGUGUUUUCGGAGUUGGAAGCUUUGUGAGUGCAUUGUUGAUUACACUAGUUGAAGUAUACACAGAUUCUAAAGGAACACCAAGUUGGUUUUCUGAUGAUAUGGUUGAAGCACGUUUGGAUAAUUACUAUUGGCUUCUAGUUUGGUUAAGCUCAAUUAGCUUGUUGUUGUAUACACUAUUGUGUAAAUAUUACUAUAGUAAAAGUGAUUCAGAUUGUGAAACGUGA